GGCUUCACAUCUGGGACUUCUCUACCUUGGCUCGCUUAUAGUACUUCUUGUGUAUUCCAUCUGAUAUGGUGUGACAGCAAAGGACGCACAUUGGCUGGGAGCAAUUACAUCAGCCGCUAUUAUCAUUCUUGAUUGGAAUAUGGGUGCAUGCCUUUAUGAGUUUAAGCUUCUUAGCAGUCAUGUUGUGGCACUAUUUGUAGCUGGCAAAUCUCGGGUUUUUCUCAUUUGCUUUGGAGUGCAUUACUGGUAUUUGGGACAUUGUGUUAGUUAUGCAGUUGUAGCAUCUUUGCUUUUAGGAGCUGCUGUUUCUCAUCAUUUAUCGGUGACAAACCCAUUAGCUGCAAGGAGGGAUGCAUUACAGAGCACGGUGAUUCGCCUAAGAGAGGGAUUUCAUAGAAAGGAACUGAACAGCUCAUCAAGCUCUUCUGAAGGUUGUGGCUCAAGCUUGAAACACAGCAGUAGCAUUGAACCGGGUCACCUUGGUAAUGUAAUUGAAGUAAGUAGCAGGAGUAUGGCACAAUGCACAGUUGAAGGUGGUAACUGUGAUAAUGUUGCCCUGUGUCAAACUGCUAGUUCACAAGAGGGAAUGAACAGUGAUAAGAGAAUGGAUAGUGGAAGGCCAAGUUUAGCAUUACGUAGUAGUUCUUGUCGCUCUGUCAUUCAAGAGCCUGAAGUAGGGACAUCCUUUGCUGAUAAAAAUGUUGAGCCUACUAGCUCCUUGGUGGUUUGUUCUACCGGUGGUCUUGAAAGCCAAGGCUGCGAGUCGAGCGCUUUAACAUCUGUGAAUCAACAGAUGCUAGAUUUGAAUUUAGCUCUUGCAUUCCAAGAAAGGUUGAAUGACCCCAGGAUUACAUCUAUGUUGAAAAGAAGGGCAAGGCAAGGCGACCUAGAACUGGCUAGUUUAUUGCAAGAUAAAGGAUUGGAUCCUAAUUUUGCCAUGAUGUUGAAGGAGAAGAGUUUGGAUCCUACUAUCCUUGCAUUGCUACAGAGGAGUAGUUUGGAUGCAGAUAGAGAUCACUGUGACAACAUUGAUAUCACCAUUGACUCGAACAGUGUUGACAAUCCCUUGCCCAAUCAAAUAUCUUUAUCGGAAGAACUGAGGCUUCAUGGGCUUGAAAAGUGGCUUCAAUUGGCGAGACUUGUAUUGCACCACAUAGCAAGUACUCCAGAGCGAGCAUGGGUUCUUUUUAGUUUUGUAUUCAUCCUUGAAACAAUUGUUGUGGCAAUUUUUCGUCCAAAGACGAUUAAAAUCAUGAAUGCAUUACACCAACAGUUUGAAUUCGGAUUAGCAGUGUUGCUUCUUUCUCCAGUUGUGUGUUCAAUCCUGGCUUUCCUGCGUUCACUUCUAGCAGAAGAAAUGGCCAUGACAUCAAAACCCCGCAAGUAUGGCUUUAUAGCUUGGCUACUCAGCACUUGUGUUGGGCUGUUGCUUUCUUUCUUAAGGUUAAUUGGUUAUCUUACAUACUCUUCAGCAUGGGUGAGAAUAUACCAGUGCUAAGUUCAAAAUUGAUUGCUUAGUAUGCUCAUGGAAUGACCUCUCAAUCAUUAGGCUGUCACUUUGCAUUGAGUUCCUUUCAUGCAUGAUAUUUGAGUUAGUGACAGCAUGUUAGUAAACGAAAACUAGUUUGGUAAACACUGCAAUAUUGAAGAAAUGAUUUAGUAAAAGAGAUUUUCGAUAUUAGUUGGACUGCUAAGUAGAUUCCUUUGUAUACAUCCUGUGUACUUGGGCUUUGCCUAUUCUUGAGAAUAAAGUUUCUUAUUACUUGUCAAAAAAAAAAAAGAUUCUCUAGUGUAAUUUUGGUAAAAGAUGGUAUAGUUGAAGGAAUGAAUAAGAUCGAUGGCUAUAAGGUACCAAUCAGUGACCUAAGCGACAUAUUUAGUAAAUUUUUUUUAUCUUAUUGUUUACAGCUUAGAGUGGGUAUAUAAAAGCAAUGUUGCUCCAGAAGAAUGGCUAAAUUGGAGAUGUGCAAUUGGAUCAGAGUGUACGGUAGGUGAAAAUAAUACUAAAUGGAAGGACUUUCUGGCUACAAGCAUAGCCUUUAACUCAUGGACUAUGAUGUAUCAAGUUAGAGCUAUAUCUCCUUAGAACAAUCAUGGUGACAAAAAAGUUAUUGGUCAAUUCUGAUUAAGAUCGAGUCAAAUGCACUCCAUGGCUAGAACAAGGGCAAAAGGCAUAGGUUAGUGAGGAAAUUGUCAAAGUUUUAGCUGAAGUACCUCUUGAGGUAUUUUCUUCUCAUUAAAUAAACAAUUGUUCAUGGGUUACAAAGAUAAGAUUUGGAUUCAAUUUCAAUCUCCACUAACUACUUCCUAUCUAAAUAUAUACAAGUUUAAUUUAAAUACAAGAUAACUAUUAGGAAACACAUCCUAUUAGGAGACUACUGCAUCUUAAGUAAAGAAAACCCUAGUUUCCUUUGAUACCCUCCCUCAAAUUGAUGCCAAUGAGUCAACUAGUAGCAAUUUGCUAACUAGAUAUUGAUGCCGUUGUCGAGUCAAAACUUUGGUGAAGAUAUCAGCUACUUGGUGUUCAGUUGGCACAUGAGGGAGAAUGAUAGCUUUAGACUCAUAGGCAUCUCGGAUAUAGUGACAAUCAACCUCGAUGUGCUUUGUACAUUCAUGAAAAAUUGGAUGGGCUACAAUUUGAAUGGCACUUGUAUUAUCACCAUGAAGAGGCGUGGGAUGUGUUUGUGCAAAUCCGAGUCCUAAAAGAAUACCAUGCAACCACAUGAUUUAUGAACAUGCAGCAGACAUUGCCCUAUAUUCAGCCUCUGUAGAUGACUUGGACACACAAUCUUGCUUCUUACACUUCCAAGAGAUAAGUGAAUCCCCAAGGAAGACACACCAUCCAGUAGUAAAAUGUCGAGAGUCUGGACAGCCAGCCCAAUCUGCAUCACUAUAGACAAUCAAUUGAAGAGAAGAACCCUUAGGAAAAAACAGUCCACGAUUAGAAGUCCCAAGUAGAUAAUGAAUAAUUUGACGAACAACUACCAAAUGGAGAUGUCGAGGAGAAUCCAUGAAUUUACUAACAGUGUGGACAACAGAAGAGAUAUCAGGGCGCGUGAUGGUGAGAUAAAUCAAGCUGCCAACUAACUUACGAUAUAAGGUAGGAUCUAGGAGAAGCUCGCCUUCAUCUUUUCUAUACUUAACAUUCACCGCCUGAGGAGUAUCAAUUGGAGUAGUAUCUUCCAAUCUCCCUAACUGAAUUAAGUCUUGAAUAUAUUUGUGUUGAUUGAGAAAUAAACCAUGUGGCUGAAACCGAACUUCCAACCCUAGAAAGUAGGUAAGAUCCCCAAGAUCCUUCAUGUGAAACACAUUAUGAAGAUGUUGCUGAAGUUUUUGAAUCAAUGGUCCAUCCAAGCCAGAGAUGAUAAUAUCAUCUACAUAUACCAACAAAAAUACUACUCUAGCAUCGCCCUUGUGCAAAACUAAGGAAGCAUCGUACUUACUUUGCUUAAAAGAAAACCCUAGCAAAGUAUUACGAGAAAUUUCUCAAACCAAGCUCGAGGAGCUUGUUUAAGACCAUACAACGAUUUCUUCAAUUUACAUACAGCUGUAGGGAAGGAAAUAGGCAUACUAGAUGGGAGCUUCAUGUUGAUAUCUUCCUUUAGAUCAUCAUGCAAGAAAGCAUUCUUAACAUCCAUCUGAUGUAAUUGUCAAGAUUUAGAAGCAGCAAGGGCAAGUAACAAGCGAACAGUGGUCAUCUUGGCAACCGGAGCAAAGGUCUCAUUAUAAUCUAUGCCAUACUCUUGGCGAUUCCCCAAAGCAACCAAUCUAGUUUUGUAUCAUUCCAGUGAGCCAUUAGAACGAAGCUUGACUGAGUAUAGCCAUUUACUACCAAUGGGUUUGAUCGAAGGAGGACAUUAUACCGCAUCCCAAGUCUGAUUAUCCUCAAGUGCAUCAAGUUCUAUUUGCAUAGCUUGCUUCCAGCACUCAUGUUCCAUAGCUUGUUUGUAAGAAGAAGGGAUAGCAAUGGAAGAUAAUGUAGCAGUCAUAGAAGUAGGGGAAGAAAAACCAUACCGAUUUGGUGGGCAAGAGACACGAAUAGAUUUCCUAAGAAUUGGAGCAACAGGAGCUAUGGUGGAUGUCGGAUUAGGUGUCAGAGGAGGAGAAUCUUGAAAAGUCAUAGAAGACUCGGCCAAAGGAGUGCGAUGACAUCGAGUGUAGACAAAACCAGGUUUAAAUCGAGCCACUGGAGUAGACAAAGUAUCAGGAUUUGGCAUAGGGAAGGGCACAUGCUCAUCAUGAAGAACUGAAAAACUAGGUGAGAUAGGAUCGACAUGAGAGAGGAAAAAUUGCUGAUGUUAAAAAAACAUAACAUUCCUGGAAAUUUGAAUUCUUCGUGCAUUAGGAUUGUAGCAAAGAAAUCCCUUUUGAGUUGAACUAUAUCCAAGAAAAGCACACCGAAUUGAUUGAGCAGUCAAUUUAUGUCUUUCAUAUGGUGGAAGAUGAACAAAGCACACACAACCAAAGAUAUGAAAAUCAGAAUAGUUAGGUGUGUGACCAAACAGUAUGGAAUAGGGAGAAACAUUAUGUAAAACUGGUGUGGGCAAUCAAUUAAUUAAAUGGACAGCAGUAGCUAAUGCUUCACACCAAAACGAGAUGGAGCAGAUGAAUCAAUAAGAAGAGCCCAAACCAUAUCAAGUAAAUGUCGAUUCUUACGUUUAGCUACCCCAUUUUGUUAUGGUGUAGAUGCGCAAGAAUGUUGGGAAAGAAUACUUUUUUCUUGAAGAAAAUUCUGAAAUUCAUGAGACAUAUAUUCACCCCCAGAAUCGGAUCAUAAGACUUUGAUAGAGGAAGCAAAUUAUGUCUGAAUGAGUGCGAAAAAGGCCUUGAAAACAGAAAAAACUUCACUUUUAGUACGAAGAAAAUAGAUCCAAGUGAAUCUACUGCAAUCGUCAAUAAAAGUAACAAAAUACUUGUAGUGAGCAUGUGAUAUAACCAUAGAUAUACCCCAAACAUCGCUAUGAAUUAUAUAAACACCCGAGAGGCAUGAGAACCAGAUGUGGAAACUGUAACACUUUGCUUUUGGCAAGUUUGCAAGACGUACAAUCAAAAUAACUCAUUUUCAUUGAAACUGAAUUUUUAUUGUCAAUAGCACCUGAUUUAAACAAAGUUUGGAGUACAUUAGGAUUGGGAUGGCCUAAACGACGAUGCCAAUCUUUAGUACUUGUUUUGACAGCAUUACAAGAAAUAAAAGAACUAUACUCAAGAAAAGCUGUACUAGGAUUUAUUGGAAAUAGCCGACCCUCCUUAGGACCCCUCACGAUCAUCCUUCCGGACACUUGAUCCUGUACAACACAACCAAAAGAUGAAAAAGAGACAUUACAAUUAUUUUCAACAAGCUGUCCAACCGAAAGUAAACUAGAGGAAAGGUUAGGAGAAACCAAAACAUUUCGAAUGAUGGUAGACACAUCACUCACGGCAGAAAUUGGUAGUGAACUACCUUGCCGUGUUUAUUUUGAGAGGACCAUCAUAGGACCAAAGAUUAUGUAAGGAAGUGGAAUUAUUAGUCAUAUGAUUUGAGGCACCAGAAUCUAUAAGCCAUGAAUUAGAGAAUGACUUUGGUUUACCUGAGAGGCUUAAAGCGGAAAAGGCAGAAAUAAUCUUUUGUUGUACCAUAUCAGGAGUAAGAGUAGUAGAACUGGAACCAACAGAUACUAAAACAUGAGUGGCGGCAGCAGAAGCUGUAGAGGAGGAUGCACCUAACGAAUCAACAAAGGUGGAAUAGGCACGCUCUUGCUUUCGAGGUGGUCGGAUUGGGCAAUCCUUGAUAAUAUGUCUAGAUUUUUUGCAAUAAUUAAAAAAUUUCUUCGGACAGUGGGUGGCAAUGUGACCAAAACCCUUGCAACUAUAGCAUUGUGUAGUGCUAUAAUCUCGGCCCUUGGAUUUCCCUUGUGUUGUAAAUGCCACUUGAGAUGGAGGAGUUAGCUGCUGUUCCAUUGUACUCCGAGUAAAUAACCUUUGCUCCUCCCGAAGUAAAUCACCCAAACAAUCAUCGAGAGAAGGAACUGGAUCUCUAUUCAUUAAUUGAGAACAAACAAAUUCAAAAUAUGGACGUAGUUUCAUAAGAAACUGAUCCCUCCUACUGGUUUCAUGCACACUUUGCACAUGAGGGAGACCAGCGACAGUGAUAGAGGAAUACACAAUGUCAGUGUAUUCAGCCCACGGAUUUGAAACACCAGAAUAGAAUUCCUCUAUAGAUAAGGCACCUUGAGAAAAAUUAGCCAUCUCAAAUUCUAGCUGAAACCUUCUAGUAGAAUUAUUUUGAGUAUAGAUUCUCUUCAAAUACUCCCACAUAGCCUUGGGGGUUCUGUAGGGUCGAAGAUUGAGAAUGAUGUGAGGCUCCAUAGAGCCUAGGAUCCAAGACAUGAUCUUGGCAUCCUUACUUUCCCACUUAGACCUCUUUAUAGCACUUUCUAGGGCUGGAAUAUUGCCAUCAACAUGACCCCAAAGUUCUUUACCCUUGACAAGAAGUUGAAAAUGAAAUGCCCAUGCAGAAUAAUUUUUAGCAUUGAAACGAAUGUACAAGGAAUCAGAUUUUUCAGAUGCCAUGAGGACAAACCUGUCAAAUUCCGAGAGUAAAAAAUGGCGAGAACUGGGAAAUCACCAUCAAAUAGAGUCUCGAGAGCCAGCAACUGAGACAGAGAGUGCCGAAAUAUUCCCUGGUGGCCUGGACAGAGAGCACAAAAGUCACUAAGAAGCUGAGUGCCAGAACAAGGCAACCUAGUUGCCGAAAACAGUAUGACCCAGCACAGAAAAUGCCGAUAGACUAAGAGGACCCAACAGAAGGUGCCGUACUACCCCACAGAUCACCCAGAUAGUGCUGAUAGUCACACGAGAGGCCAAAAACAACCUCUGAAUACAGCACAGAGGAUGCCAAUAAAGAGAACCCUGGUUGUCUAUGAUAGGCAUGAAGGCACAAAAGUGCUGAGAAUACCCAGACCAAGAAUACAAUUCCAGGAAAAAAAAAAUUCGAAGAAGGCACGGUAAUUAGGAACCUGCUCUAGAUACCAUGUCAAAGUUUUAGCCGAAGUACUUCUUGAGGUAUUUUCUCCUCAUUAAAUAAACAAUAGUUCACGGGUUACAAAGAUAAGAUUUGGAUUCAAUUUCAAUCUCCACUAACUACCUGACUUUAUCCUAUCUAAAUAUAUACAAGUUUAAUUUAAAUAUAAGAUAGCUAUUAGAAAACAUAUCCUAUUAAGAGACUGCCUCAUCUUAAGUAAAGAAAACCCUAGUUUCCUUUGAUAGAAACUAUUGAGGUCUAUAAUUUACUGCAUGUAGGUUGAGCAGAAGGGCCAAAAAGGAUAUGUAAGUGAUACAAUGUGGUUACAAUGGGCUUGCUACACCUUUAGUUUUUUAUCUAACUCUUUAUUGUUUCCUUAUUUUUGUGCCUUUUUCCAAGAUACUGUUGUGAAAGUAGCUCUUGGCUAUCUUUUUCCUCCCAAGUAUAUGUUGUCAGGGUAAGAACUUUGCUUUGGUUCUGUAUGAUUACAUGUGCUUGCAGCCCUUCUGUCUCUGUUCAUACAGUCAUGAGUAUGUAGAUGUGUGGUGGGGUAAAAGAGAACAACUAAUAUGUACUGUAGUUUAAAAAACACUGUGAAAACUUGAAAGCAUUUGAACUUGUCCGUAAAUGUUAGGUGAUAGUCAAUCUAUACUGGUUAGCAUGGAGACCUUUUCUGUGUUGAGGUUAAGAGCACUGAUUCAUCUGUAGCUGGGCUUCUAGAAUGUCUUGGAGCGUAGCGAGUAUAAUGAUAUGUUUAGGUGAACUCAGAUACAAAUGAAGUGUAAUGGAAAAUCAAAAUGGUUAUUAAGAUUUUUUUAAUUGAUUUCUUUCUUGUCCUUGUAUCCAUGAAUCAGAUUGAUGGUUAAUUUGGAUCUUCGCUAUAAUCUAAAAUAAGUUUGGUUCCUUUAAGUUUUUUUAUCUAUUCCUUCCAUGAGUAAAGAGCAUUAUUGAUAAGCGCUACGAGUGCAACCCAAGUACACUGGGGUAUACAAAGGGGAAAACCCACUAUAUAUUACAAUGACCACUUGAUAUGUCUGUUACAUUAACAUAAUGUUCUGUUUGCCUUGAUUGUUUUGGGAUACCAUCGAUUUUGGAUCAGCGAUGUACGGUACCAUCAGCGGAGUACGGUACCAUCGAUUUUGGAUCAGCGAUGUUCUGUUACAUUAAAAUAAUUUGGAUCAGCGGAGUAUGGUACCAUCGAUUUUCCAGAAGAUAAUUGGCAAUGGGCAGAUUCACCUUCUAGAGCAUGUGCCUUUCAAUACUUAUGGGUCGUUGUAUUUUUGAGAAAAAUUAAAGGCAGAAGAUAAUAAUUAAUGUUUAGCAGAGACUGUUCAGUAAUUACUGCUUAAUUUGCUGUAUAUAGCUUGAUGGGUGGGAUAGUGAUCCUGCGGAUGUAGAUCUAUAUGAUAGGGACGAUGUAGAUUGGGAUGGACAGGGUUCAAGUGGGAGAAAAAGGAGUUCAGAACGUGAUGUUGUUGUGGUCGAUGUGGAUUCCUUUGCCAGGAGGUUUAGAAAACCUAGGACGGAAACUCAAGAAGAAAUCAAUCAACAGAUGCUUUCAAUGGAACUGGCUCUCAAAGAAGCCCUCUGUGCAAGGGGAGAAAAACAUUUCACUGAUCAAGAAGUUCCUCCAAGUGAUCAAUCCUUGUUUGUAGAUCCCAAAAACCCCCCUUCCAAGUUGCAGGUUGUUUCUAAGUGGACAAGGCCUGCUGAAAUUGUGAAAGAGAACCGUCUGGAUUCUGGUCCAUGCUUAUUUUCUGGGACAGCAAAUCCUUCAGAUGUCUUUCAGGGCCGAUCGGGAGAUUGUUGAUUUUUGAGUGCUGUAGCUGUUUUAACUGAGGCUUCACGAAUAUCAGAAGUUAUUAUUACUCCAGAAUAUAAUGAGGAAGGAAUCUACACUGUCCGCUUCUGUAUUCAGGUUGAAUGGGUCCCAGUUGUUGUCGAUGAUUGGAUUCCAUGCGAAGCGCCAGGCAAACCAGCAUUUGCUACCACUAGGAAGGGUAAUGAGCUCUGGGUGUCUAUAUUGGAGAAGGCCUAUGCCAAAUUGCAUGGCUCUUUCGAGGCACUGGAAGGCGGGCUGGUUCAGGAUGCUCUUGUGGACCUCAUUGGAGGUGCUGGUGAGGAAAUUGACAUGAGGAGUGCCCAGGCCCAGAUUGAUCUUGCAAGUGGUAGACUUUGGUCUCAAUUGUUGCGCUUCAAACAAGAAGGGUUCCUAGUUGGUGCUGGGAGUCCUUCGGGUUCAGAUGUGCACAUUUCUUCCAGUGGCAUUGUGCAAGGGCAUGCAUAUUCUUUAUUGCAGGUGAGAGAAGUUGAUAGCCACAAACUUGUUCAAAUUAGAAAUCCAUGGGCUGAUGAAGUUGAGUGGAAUGGUCCUUGGUCUGACGCAUCACCUGAAUGGACUGAUAGGCUGAAGCACAAGCUGAAGCACAUCCCUCAGUCAAAAGAUGGCAUAUUCUGGAUGUCUUGGCAAGACUUCCAGGUUCAUUUCCGAUCAAUAUAUGUUUGUCGUGUCUACCCCCCAGAGAUGCGCUAUGCUUUUCAAGGCCAAUGGCGUGGUUACAGUGCCGGUGGCUGCCAGGAUUACGAAACGUGGCAUCAAAAUCCACAGUUCCUGUUGAUGGCCACUGGAUCGGAUGCAUCAUUUCCAAUCCAUGUGUUCAUAACCUUAACUCAAGGUGUGGGUUUCUCAAGAACAUCAAUCCAGUCAUGAUUCAUUGAUGUUCUACAUUGGGAUGAGGAUACUUAAAACUCGAGGCAGUCGUGCAGCUUACAACAUAUAUCUGCAUGAAUCAGUUGGUGGGACAGACUAUGUCAAUUCUAGAGAAAUAUCAUGUGAAAUGGUUUUGGACCCGGAUCCAAAGGGUUAUACGAUAGUGCCUACAACCAUACACCCUGGGGAAGAAACACCAUUUGUUCUCUCUGUUUUCACGAAAGCAUCAAUAACAUUGGAAUCUUUAUAGUAUGCAGGAUGGCUCUUAAAUUGGAUUCUGUCCGUUGGGCUGAGAUCUGCCAGAGUUUUUGAAUUGCUAUUGUUGUCCGUGGAUCUUGAACUCCUUACAGGCAGGUUUUGUUGGACCUCAGUGAGCAGAAUUAUUUCUCUCAUUUGUCUUCACUGUCGUCUUCUUUCCCUUGUACGAGAUUUGGCCGUGCUUCACAAACAAAACAGAAAUUUUCUUGAUUGGAUUACAAUCUCAAGAGUAUCCAAAAUCGUACCUGAUAAAGUUACGAGGUUACUGGGGAAUGUUGCUGCCCGCACUGGACUUCUAUUUUAUGUAAUUUGGCAGGUUUAUGAUGUGAUUCUCUGCUAUGAGGAUGGCCUUUGAGUUAUAAAUCCAUUGGAGUAGUGCAACUAUAAGCUUAAACAUUCUGCGAGGUCAGCUUUGAAAACUGUUAUUCCUUACAGGCAGGUUUUGUUGGACCUCAGUGAGCAGAAGAGGGAUGAUUAAAUGGAAAUGGCUUUCAUUAUAUCUGGUGGCUCCCUAAGCCUCGCACUCUCUCUCUCUCGGGCUAUGUGCUUAUGCAUGACAUUGGAGAGGGUUGCUGGGAGCUUUCUGUACAUAAAAGAGAACAUUGUGAGGUAUAUAGGAGGUGUGACUGUGAUUGUGUAAAUGAGGGGGGUAAAGAAAGUUGAGAAGAAAUGGGAAAAAUAAUUAGUCAUGCAAUGUAGAAGGGUCCAAUGCAGAAAGCAUUUGUGGCUGGUAAUUUCAGCUGCAGUUUUGCACAAGUGCUUUCAUUAUAUCUGGUGGCUCCCUAAGCCUCGCACUCUCUCUCUCGGGCUAUGUGCUUAUGCAUGACAUUGGAGAGGGUUGCCGGGAGCUUUCUGUACAUAAAAGAGAACAUUGUGAGGUAUAUAGGAGGUGUGACUGUGAUUGUGUAAAUGAGGGGGGUAAAGAAAGUUGAGAAGAAAUGGGAAAAAUAAUUAGUCAUGCAAUGUAGAAGGGUCCAAUGCAGAAAGCAUUUGUGGCUGGUAAUUUCAGCUGCAGCUUUGCACAAGUGCUUUGUAUCUGUAAGACCUGUAUAAUGAUUCUUGUAAUAUCACAUCCCCAUUUCAUUUUGUUGUAAUCUUCUUUUACGCAAUCGAGUUGAUUUUCUUCA